AUGGUCUUGAUCAGAAGAAGAGUGAACACGAAAUUGAGCGAGCAAAGCUUAGAGAUGAAGAGCGCAAGCGUAGGGAAGAUCCUCUCGAACUUAUACGUGAGUACACGCAGAGACCUUCAACUCCGCCUGUACGCGAUGCGAAGCAAGUCGAACCUACCGCUUCGCAUGCUAAGCAGCGUUCUUUUUUUCGGAAAGGGACCCGUGCAAAGCGCGAUGCACGGGUCCGAUGCCCAGAACGUCACUUCUGAUCGUGUGUUAAAGCGCAGAUACCAGCAAGAGUCGAUGUAUGUCGAGCUCUUUCAAGACAUGCUUCGAGCUGUGUUGGAAAAGGAGAGCCAUCUAUUUACAGCAAGUGAACAUGCCUGCUUUUCGUUUUUCUUUCAAUUACAUUACGAUGCGCGCUACUUGUUUGUUCGGCUUUUGCAACGCAAGAAGGGACAAUGGUAUCGCCUGGACAAAUUGGAGUACAAUGAUGUGGAAGAUCUUUCCAGUGCUGCUCGCGCACUAUCUCAGCCAUUCGCUGCAUCUAGUCUACUCGAACCGUAUCGUUUUUCGAUGAUGGAUGGCGACAUAAAGGACAAUAUUUUGUGGCGCCUUGAACUUCUGACCGUCGACGAGCUCAAACUUCUAGCCAAGCGUCUUGGCAAAAAAAGUUCGGGCACCCGUGACACGUUGCUGAAGAACCUCACAGCCAAGCCAACAAAUGCUGUGCUAUUUUCCCAGCAGCAUAAAUUAUCUAUGAACAUGCAACCAACUCACGAUCGACUUCUUUCGUACAUGGCCGACAUUAUGCAUGGUGGCUGCAUCUGUUUGGAUUCCACUGUCUACGCUCUCAUGGAGCGGCUUGCAUUCGUGUACUAUCGCGGAAAGCCAGUAUUGGGCUCGUUGCUGACCUCUGCCGUGCUUUCUCGCACUGGAAAAUAUACUUUUCCGACGUAUGUGUACAUGCGAGACUCAAGUAUGUUUCCUGACCGUGAUUGUCUUCUUCGUUACGAAGAAGCUACGCAGUUGGUCGAGCACAUGGACGCUUUUGUGGAAGGUAUGAAGUCGAGUCUUGAUUCUGCUCGUGCGUGUCUCCCUCUUCUAGACACAUGUGAACCUGCAUGGCGUGAAGCUACCCACGAAAUGCGUUCCGUAUACCCUGUUUGUGUUCCGCGCGAUCGAUGUCAUCUUCUGCGGUUCCAUUAUGGUUGGGCGUUGACACGCGUCCUGUUCAAAGGCUGUGAAUGUUUGGCGCGGCUAGGUAUGCAUGAUCGAGAAUCUCAUAUCUUGAAACAACUUUUAUCCCAGCGCUACUUUUGGCGCGGGCGUCGAGGGUCUUGGUACGAGCGACUUUCCAUUCUGAUUGCUCGGCACGAUUCCAAACAACACGCUUUGGUGAUAUGCCAAGAGGCACUGCACGACCCAGACACACAUGUAACAUAUACAUUCAGUCUCCAGCGACGCAUUGCUCGACUGGAAUCGCAGCUCAAAAUACCCAAAUCGGCACGUCAGACGUUCGUUUUAGCUCAUCGCGAGCCUCGAGUUGUUGAAUUCGAGGGCGUACGUGUGAAUGGGCGCCUAAUUCAGCCUCGUAAUAUGCUACGACAAACCGUGCUGACGUUCGAUGCACGUAUACCCAAGCCGACGACAUCGAAGGAACGCAAAUCUGGCGGACGCACGCAAUGGCAAAGUAUCUGUGGGACAUCAUGUACCGUGGAACAGUAUUGCUUAGAACAGUACGCACUACAAGGAUAUCGUGGGUAUCACUGUGAAGGAGGCAUUUUACUGUUUGUGUUUGUACUGCUCAUGUGGGACGUUCUCUUUCUUUCUGUUCCGGGUGCAUUCGAGACACCGUAUCAGCGCGCACCAAUGGACUUGGGCACAGAUAUAUUUUUGGAAGCACGAAAAGAGGCCAUCGAGGCACAACUCCAUCGAAUACAAGAAACAGGUGGGUGUGAUAUAAUACAUCGGGUGGAUGCACGUGAGCGUCCCAAACGAACGCAUGCCAUCGGUUGCCGAUGGGACGAAUUUCCUAUCCAUGACGUGAUGGAAGUAGCCGAGUGCAUCGGAGGUACUGCAUUAGCAGCACUGUGUCGCAUACUGUGUGAAAAUGGUGCCAGUACGACUGGAUUUCCUGAUCUUACCCUUUGGCGGUAUCAGGACCGACAAGUGCGCUUUGUGGAGGUCAAGAGCCCGAAAGAUCGAUUGAAUGAACCUCAAAAAGUGUGGAUGGAUGCGCUUUUGUCCGCUGGUGUGGCCGUGGACCUUGCCAAGGUGCGAAUUACUUCGAAUGAAGCCCAAGCGACUUGA